AUGCGCGCAACACAGUCCCUUCCGUUCAAGAGCUUCUGGAGCCGGAGUCUUGACGAGCUCUCGCGGUUGACCAACAUCGGGCUGGCUGGCCGGCCGGGGUUCGCAGUUGUCAAAUCGGAGAACAUCAGAGGCGCCACGGGGCCACGAGAGAUCCACAACUUCCAGACGCCCGAGUCAGUCGCAGACUGCAAGCUCCUUUCCGACGCCGACGUGGGCGGCUCCUCGACCGCCCAUCUCGACUGGGUUCCCCCGCCCAACGCCACCCCCACUGUCACCGCCGGCGACGGUAGCGACCGAAAACCGUACACCCCGAUCCCCGGCAGCUAUGCGCGCUUCCACGGCACCAUCUCGCUAGAGCUGCCCACGGACCGGCGGGAGAUUUCACGGACAGGCUACGCCGGCUUCCGGACGCUGGACCGGCCGCCCACCAUUUUUGGCCGCGGCCUGUGGGACAUUGAUCCGUAUGCCUACCUCGCGAUCCGCGUCAAGACGGACGCGCGCAGUUACUUUGUCAACGUCCGGACCGAGUCGGUGGUGCCGCUCGACCUGCACCAGCAUCGACUGUUCGUGAAGAAGCCCGGUCAGUGGGAGACGGUGUUGAUUAAGUGGAACGACUUUGUGCGGACCAACCACGGUAAGGUCAUCGAGCCGCAGACGGGAAUGCUGCGCCAAAAGGUUUUGUCGAUCGGGUUCUCGACUACGGACAGGAAGCCGGGGCCGUACGAGCUCUGUGUUGAAAGGUUAUGGGCGACCAAUGAUUUUGAUGAGGCUGGGGUUGUGGAGACUGAUGUUCCGGGAGCUCAGCUUAAGAAUAAGCAUGGUGAGAAGGUCAAGGUUACGUGGGGAGCUUUGGAGCAGGAGUGAUAGAGGGGCUGUAUGCCUGUUCGUCAGUAGCGAGGUGGACUUGCGCUGUUGGCUACAAGAGGACUGGAGGUUGUACAUUGUACUGUACGAUUCUUGAUCAACUGAGGAGGGAGGUUUAUCACAACAGAACCGCGGUAUUCAGGGGUCUGAGGAGGACAACGCGGGUAGAUCGACAGAUGGAAGAAUAAAAGGGCUAUGUUCUGUCCUACAGGCGCCUUAGCUGGCCGUGGUACAGUCUGAAUUUGCAAUUUUCAUGACAGACUGGAUUAUAGGAUACAACGAAACAUG